UCCAUACACAGCCAGAUAUCGAUUAGAAGGCCAGGCAACAUGGCGCAGGCUGGCAAGACUUAUGGAUCGACGGGAGAAAUAGUCAUGUUCGCCAGGUUCCAAACAGACUUCGGACACCGGACACGCACUUAAGGGUUGUCCACUAAAUGCGCUAACAUCUACGUUAAUUCAAAUGUGAUUUAUGGGUCUUAUAAUAAUGCACGCACCGCCUAAACUUACCGUGUCGAAGCUACAAAACGGUGGUGUUAUCCAAUACUAGCUAGGGUCUAUUAGCGAACCGGACCGAGUGUGUGAGUGUGGGUAAUAAUAGUUGGGCUACUAUUUUAAUUCACAGGCUGUGCUGUACACCUUGUAGUGAAGGGAAGCUGUAGCGUUAGCAGGCAGUACCAAGCAGCAUGGCAGCGGUGGCAGCCUGGCUCCCCUUCGCCCGAGCGGCGGCCAUCGGUUGGGUUCCGGUGGCUCAGCAACCCAUGCCCCCUCCCCCCGUGAAUAGGGAGCACAACCGCACCGAUGAUUUGAUGAAGAUCAACGUCAGCGGGCGCAGGUUUGAAACUUGGAGAAAUACUCUUGAGAAGUACCCUGACACUCUGCUUGGAUCAAACGAAAAGGAGUUUUUCUACGAUGAAGACGCCAAGGAAUAUUUCUUUGACCGUGAUCCAGAUAUUUUCAGAAAUGUUCUUAAUUAUUACAGAACUGGGAAGUUGCACUAUCCAAAGCAUGAAUGCAUUACGGCGUAUGAUGAAGAGCUCGCAUUCUUCGGUAUCAUGCCUGACAUUAUUGGCGAUUGCUGUUACGAAGAUUAUAGGGACAGAAAACGCGAGAACAAUGAGCGCUUGCUCGAUGACAAAGAUUCUGAAGAUGGUGAUAAUGUACCCCUGGCCUCUAUGAGGGAAAAAUUAUGGCGUGCUUUUGAAAAUCCUCAAACGGGUACCGCAGCAUUAGUGUUUUAUUAUGUGACAGGGUUCUUUAUUGCUGUGUCAGUAAUGGGAAAUGUGGUGGAAACCGUUCCAUGUGGAAUCGUACCGGGAACAUUUGAUAAUCCUUCUUGUGGGGACCGGUACGAAAAGGUGUUCUUUGUAGUAGACACUGCAUGCGUCAUGAUUUUCUCAGUGGAAUAUCUCCUUCGGCUGUACGCAGCGCCUGAUCGCUGUAAAUACAUGCGUAGCAUAAUGAGUGUAAUCGAUGUGGUGGCCAUUUUACCCUACUACAUCGGGCUGUUUCUUACGGAAGAAAAUGACGACGUUAGUGGUGCAUUCGUGACUCUCAGAGUCUUCAGAGUUUUUCGUAUCUUUAAGUUUUCAAGGCAUUCGCAGGGAUUACGAAUCCUUGGCUACACUUUGAAGAGCUGUGCCAGCGAACUGGGGUUCCUGGUAUUUUCCCUUGCAAUGGCUAUCAUCAUAUUUGCCACAAUAAUGUUUUAUGCAGAAAAGAACGUAGAAAACACAAAAUUUACCAGUAUCCCUGCAGCAUUUUGGUACACCAUCGUUACUAUGACUACUUUAGGUUAUGGUGACAUUACCCCAGAAACCAUUAUGGGAAAAAUAGUGGGUGGUAUUUGCUCCCUUAGCGGUGUGUUGGUGAUCGCGCUUCCAGUCCCUGUCAUAGUGUCAAAUUUUAGCCGCAUUUAUCAUCAAAGUCAAAGAACCGACAAACGCAAAGCGCAGAAGAAAGCCCGGCUAGCAAGGAUAAGAAUGGCCAAAAACGCAAGUGGUGCGGCUUUUGUGGCGCGAAAGAAAAAGGAAGAAGAGCGAAUACGGCUGCAAGAAUUAGGUCAGGAGCCUGAAGAUAAAGAUGACGCAGACGUAUUUGAGCUUCAGCACCAUCAUUUGCUGAGUUGCUUGGAAAAAACCACAGACCGCGAGUUCACAGAUAUGGACGUGAACUAUAAUGGUCAGCCCACCAAGCUCCUAGGCACCCCUCCUCUCACCCCCACCAUGUCUGUCCGUUCCAGGGACAAUAAAAACAGAACCACCGGUUGCUGCGCCAGGAAAUCUUCUAGAAAACCACUUAAGAAUUCCUCAGACGCAGAGGAAUUGAACGACAUCAGUAUUCGCAUCCCCUCCAGUAAUCGCAACUCACGGUCCAGUCUAAACGCCAUGAGCUACCCGACUAGUUCCAACAGCCGACCCAACAAUAUACAAACCACAGCCGUAGUGAGCAUGCCCAACACGUCGCCUGGCAACAUGGGAAACUCCCAGGAUUCCCUUCACACGCCCAGCACGGCCAGCACAGUGUCCCCAGCAGGGGGCGUGGUGAGAAUCUCCACCUUAUAGCACAGAGGGUGUUGUGAGGACGGUGGGGCCCCCCUCCCCUGGGGGGUCUCACCCAGGGGGUCUCGGCAGGUCCUGCUAGGGUCUGUGGCGUAAUGGGUACGUGGCUGUCAAGGUGCAACAGGUGACAUGCCGCUACGGGGACACUCACACAUUUACCUUCACUUACGGAAUUAUGAAUAGUAUCGUUAUAUAGAUAUAUAACAUAUUGCUUAUCAUGCAUAGAUAUGUAUUUUACAUGUAUUUGUGUGUGACAAACAAUUCAUAUGGUGAUGGUAUAGGAGUCUUAAUGUUUUGAUUAGUCAUGAAGUCGAAUUUCAAACAGCCAUUAUGGUUGUUAGUAUAGCUAAUGUAGACUUUAUUUAAGAAAAAAAAAACUGUUACUGUAUAUAGUCUGUGGUCAGUCCUUUAGCACAUAGUUCACAUCUUUUAUUACAUUUGUACACUUCAAUUCAUGACAUUAACGCAUUUAGUUUAUCUUUUAAUGCUAAGAAGUGUCUGCGUAAAUGUACUGAAGUAGCCAGGCGUUGCUAGAGGAUAAAGUGUAGGACUAUCUCUCUUUUGAGGCAGUAGUGCUUUGAAUUCUAGUGCUCAGUGAGCACACAAUGUGAUGUGACUGUUGUAAAACGGACUGCGAUUGGCUCUCGCAAACCAUGUGACCAGCUGUCACAGACAGGGGUUGCCAUGGUUGCCAUUUAUCUCUAUUUUUAGUUAGCACUUAUGUAUAGGAAAUUUUGGAAGAAAUUGUGAAUAUGAUUGACCUGCUGCAUGUGAAAUGCUCAGGCAAGUUUUUCCCGUCUAGGGAAAAUUUUUAAAAACAGUACUUAUUAGUGUGUUUGGGUGAGUUGGCAUACAUGUAGAAUCUGUUUCCAUUUUUAAUGUAUAUACACUGUGUCUGAUGGUUGUAUUUGAUGAACACUCAGUCUGAUUUAGAGUAGAGGGAAACGUUUCCAUGGAUGUUUGAGAAAUUGCACCUGGUUCCUAGCAGAAAAAGAAAGAUAGAGUAGUAAAUUGUGAGAAAAAUAGAAAAAAGAGUGACAGUUUCACUGUAGUUGAUGUGUCCACCUAUUGCUAUUAUUUCUUCACGCGGGAUUGUUAUCAUUACAAACCAUGUAGAUCGAAGCGAUUGUACACAUGAUACUAGCCGUAGUAGGGAUGUUUAUUUUUCUUCUUCAUACUCAGUUUAAUUUAACAACACCUUGGUUUUUGUUUGCAGUGUUGAAAGUGAAAGAGAGCCCUCUUCACUUCUUGUUUGUUCACUUAGUUGUUAUUUGUUACAUCUUCCUUUUUGUUAAAAUUCCUUGGUUCUUAUUUUUAUGACAGAAGCCAUAAACCACCUCUCUAGGUUCUAGAAAAAUCAAUUUCUUGUCACGUAACUUAGGUUUUACCUUGAAAUGACAUCCGCUGUUAUUAUACAGAACAUUUCCACAAACCCACUCCGAUACUGAUUCAAUUAAAGUGGCAGGAGCAAAAGGGUAUCAUUUCAAAAGGGUGAUACCUAUCCAUUCAUCCAGCUUCCAUCUUACGUAUCUAUUUCAAGUACAUUAUAAUCUGUUGAUUUUAUUUAUUAUCUGUAUCUACAAUAUGUAUUGUUUUAAGCAGUGAUGACUUACUUAUUUUCUGGACUUCAUUCACAAAACAAAGGUCUUUUAAGCAAACCAGUUUACUUCACUUAGUUGGCUUGCAAUUAUAUAUUAAUUUUUUUUCAAUGAACCAUUUUCUGCAGUCAUUUUCUGCAGGUAGAUGUAGAAAUUUAUUGCUCUUAGAAUCCCCGUGUCACUGAUCAAUAUCUAUGCUGACGUCACAGAUGUUCAUCACUUGUUUUCUAUGUACAACUGGAAGGCACCGUUAAGCUGUGUAUGAAUUGCCCGAUACCUUGUUAUACACCUGAUUUUUCACCACUCUGUGUCCUUUUAUUUCUGCUCUUUCUUAAUUUUAAAUGUUCAUGCUAUCUAUUGAUAUUUAACUUUGUAUUUUUACUUCUACUGCCAUGUUCUCUAGAGGCUGUUAUAAAAAUUUUGAAAGAAUCUCAAUUGUGAUUUUAGGCUUCUUGCAUAAAAUUUAUUAUAUAUAUUUAAUUUAUCUUUAAAACAUUAUAGUUGAAUUACAAUCAUUGUUAUAAGGGAAAGAUUGAGGGUGAACAUGAAGAACAAUUACCUCGAAAAGUGAAAUGUACUCGUGUGUAGAUUUCAGCAUAAUAUAUUUCUUACGUACAUGUUUUGUCUCCGGCAACUGUGUGCACUUUGACAUGUUUGUGCUAUCGCACACUUUUUACAGCCUUAUAUGUAUAUGAUCUUAUUCAUCUUACAAAAUCAUAGACAAAUAGACAUAUGUAUACAAUUUUUAAAUUAAAUAAUGAAUGAAUAGUGGAUUGUGGGAAGGUCAUGUGAUCACUGUGCGAGUUACGUUGUGUUAAAGAACCACCACAGUUAGAAGCAUUCUGGAAGAAUUCUCAAUCUGGCAAACAAUUUCGAUUGACAUUUAUUCAUAUGGAAUGGAAUUUUCAUGGGUUGUUUACCAAUAUUUUAAACUUAACACUGGAGAUGGGGGGGGGAGGUAUGUAUUUAAUGCAGGUAUUUUAACUUAUCCUUUCUGAUUCUUAUAAUUUACAUAUUCUUAUCUUAAAGGAUGAAGUCAUUGAACGUUUUUUAAAGCCGUUGUUUGGUCAGUCUGUUGUGACGAUGUGGAAAUUAUGACCUCAGUGAGCUGAAAUUGAAAUUUUUAAUUAAAAUUAAAAUUUAUUUUAUUGUAGUAAAAAGAUACAUUGUCAAAAUUCCAGUGCAUUUGUUUUAUUCAUGUAUCAUCUUUGUGGCUGCAUCCUAUCUGAACACCAUGUAUUUCAACCAGUAAAAUGUUAACACUGAAAGCCGGUAAUAGAAUAAACUUAAGUAUUUUCUUCUAUUAUUUUUUGAUGGUCAAAAGUAAAAAAAGAGCUUCCAGGAUGCUUCUUGGUGGGUUAUAUCUGUUGAUGGCUCAUAAGAUAGCCAAAAUGUAGUGUUUUCAUAUAUAUGUUAACAGUGCAUGCAUAAGAUAAUGCAUAAUACUCAACUAUUAGACUAUUCUUCACUGUGCCAGCUAUACUCCUUAUGUUGUUUGAUUGGUCCUUUGAAUUUCAAAGCCUGUUAUUCUUUCAUUGGAACUGUUACAAGGCAAAAGCGCUAUUUCUAGACUACAUUUUUUUUCUUGUGUAUUUUCUUUUUUUUUUUGUACCACAGGAUUGUAAGCAAUACAGAAUCAACCAAUCUUAUCCGGUAAACUGUCAGAAACAGCCGAUUCAAUAAGAGAAAACCAAAUGCAAAGUAAAGUCAAUUUGGUCCCAAGGGCGGCAUUAGACCUACCUGUAAUCAGUCAAUACUUCUCAAUCUAUUAAUGGCGGCACUAAAUCACUUUUGCUGCAUUUAUACAAGUCGAGAUCUAGAAGGUGCCAGAGACGACUGUACUGCGUCACAGUAUUCUUUGAUCAUUAUCAGAAAAUACCCUACGUGACAUGAUGUGUGAUAAUUUUCACUUUGAUAUAUUCAUUAGUAACCAGUAUACAAGACAUACCUAGUCUCUUUCACUGUGAAAUGAUAAUAACUUUGCUGAACUUCAGAAUUAAAGAAACGGCCGCCCGUUGCCCCAUCCUUGGCUGACGUGAUUUGAUGCACAAAUACAAAAAUAAAAGUUUCACAGUGAUGACAUAGACUGACAGAGUGUUCACCUGUAGCUUAAACAAAUAAGGGUGGGGUGCAGUUAUAUUUCACACCUGAAUAAUUAAUUCCCAGUGUCAUUUGUCUGUCCAGUCACAUUCACACUGGAAUGAUGGUAGGCAUUUGUGGUGAAUUUUUAUGAUAUCCUACAAGAAACACUUGUUUUUUAAUAAGUGCAUAAAGGGACUAACUACCAAAAUUUAUGCCCCAAAUUUCAGAGAUUGUCCGAGAAACUUGCCCACCUCCCCUUAUUUGCUGACAAUCUUCGGGUUCAUUACACAUGGUCUGCGCAGACAAGUACUCAGAACUGUUGACCUCCGCCAAGACGGGGUUCUGUCUUUUUUGGUUUGUUAGUUAAUAGCUGAACUGAAAAAAAGUCACAGACAGGUUUUGAUAAAAUUUUAAGGAUAGGUCAGUAAUGGGCUGACAUUGAAUUGUUUAGAUUUUGGUGUUGGUCCAUUUACUGAUAACUGAGGAGAAUUGAGCUGCCUUGGUGGAGAUCUGCACGUUCUGAGCACCUUGGCGGAGGUCUGCACUCUCUUUGUAGCUUGGCUAUGUAAUCACUGUUGAAUUAAUGAGUUUAUCUGGGACCACAUUUUGGCCGUUAUUUUGGUUCAGCUAUGAAUUGGCCCAUACCGGCUGCUGAUUGCUAGCAUCAAUCUAAUGUAGUCAUUUUCACAGGUGCUUAGAUUCUGUGUUUACUGCUGAUGCUAUGGCAACUGUCAUUUGUUUUAUUUAUUAAGUUUCAUUUACUGGAAACAAUUGAAGUAGAGGUUGAACCACUGAUUUUCUGUGAUCCUACCGUUGACUGUGGUAUGGGAGUUUUUUCUUUAGAAAAAUCUUUUGCAUUUUUUGUGUGAAGUGUGAAAUAAAGGGGGAAGGUCUUCUGGAUCAUUUAGGAAUAUUAUAAUUUAGGAAUAUUUACAUUAUAUGGUCUUUUUUUUUAAAAAUAUUCCAUUAUAACAUUUGUGUUGACUAGUGUUGCUUAUAAGAAAUGUUGAGGUAACUAUCUCUACAACUAUGAGAUUUUUAUGUAUAAUGUGACAUGUAUUGUACACUUUAACUGCCAGUAUUAUCUCACUCUGGGAUUUGCACAUUUUCUUGGAUGUAGAUGGGUCAGCAAAUGUUAUAUUUACAAACUUUUUGACAACCUAUAAAAUUGUCAUAAAAUGUACUAAGUUUAAAUUAACACAAUAUGGAAAUAACUCAUUUAAGUGGGACGGUACUUUGGGAAAAACAAGAGUAAUGGACCGAAGUUGCCCCUAGAGAGUGCCCCCCCCCCCCCCCCAACACCCCCACCUUACUGUUAGGUUGUGUUUGACAACACGUGUGCAAUAUAUUUACACAUAUUUAAUGGAACUCACCCCUUUUUUAUUACUUUUACUAUAUGAAUGGUGAAUGUUGCUGAUAAACACGAGUAUAUCAUACCACUAUUGUACAGAAAUAGCAGAGCAUCCGAGAAUCCUGCAUGGUAUAUGUAUAUAUGAGUUUCAAACCUCGCACUUUUUUGAGAUUUUAACUUACAUUUAACAUAAGUCUAUUACAGUAACUGUAACAUUAUAUUAUCAGUCCAGGUAGUCUAUUUGGCUUAGAUGAUGAAUUCAUGCAUUUACCAUGAGAUGUCACCGCUGCAUAUUAGUCUGUCUUGAGAGUCCAGUUUCCAUCUAUAUUGCUGUGUUGGCAAUUCAUGUCUUGUUUCAAUAAACCAUGUUUAAAUAUACGAAA